UGGACGCUGUGGUGGAAUUUGAAUAUACAGCGGAGCAGGAAGAUGAACUUAGCCUUAAAGUUGGUGACAUCGUCACUAAUGUCAAGACAUCAGACGGAGGUUGGUGGGAGGGAGAGCUUCAUGGUAAAAAAGGCCUGUUUCCAGAGAACUUUGUGCAGUUAGUUCAGCGGCGAGAACCAGCUUCCUUGGAGCCAAAAAGAGAGCCACCACAACGGAAGUCAGUCAGAGAGUUGGCAAACAAAUUCAAGGAUAUGUCAGUCAGUGGACCUCCAAAGAAGAAAGAAAAACAAAAAAGAUGUAAAGUGUUAUUUGAAUACAAGAAAGAAAAUGACGAUGAGCUGGAGCUUGCUGUUGGUGAUAUUGUCGACUUUCACAAGGAGGUGGAAGAUGGCUGGUGGGAGGGUUCAAUAAAUGGGAGGCAGGGUGUGUUCCCUUCAAACUUUGUGGAAAUCUUGGAUGAGACGGCAUCAUCAGGUGAAAGUGUUACCUCUGGGGGCAAGGAUGCGGACUUCCACACAAUCAAAGGGAAGAAAGUUGUGGGUGUAGGCCUGGGCAACAUUUUUGGUGGAGGACCCAUCAAAUUGCGUGCUGUGGCAGACAGUGGUAAAAAGGAGGAUACUCCAAAAUCUACUCCACAAGAGAGCUUAGAGUCACCUCCAGAAACAACAGUUAGGGAGAAAACAAACACAAUAGAACGUGCAGUAGUCCGGUUUUCGUAUGUGGCUGAACAGCCAGAUGAACUAUCCCUGACUGAGGGACAGAUAGUGCGCAUCCUUGAUAAAAAACUGGAAGAUGAUGGAUGGUGGAAGGGAGAGGUCAACGGGAAAAUUGGAGUCUUUCCAGAUAACUUUGUAGAGUUGUUACUCAAUGAAAAAACAAAUAAGCCACAGAAGCCACCUCCACCAACAGCUCCGGCUACUACUAAGAAUUCACUGCCCAAACUGCCAGACAGACUAGCAGCAGACGUAGCUGAGGAGAAGAUAAAAACAGAAUCCCAGAGUCCAUCCCUUGUCAAGAAGCCUUUUAUGCCUCCGCCCACCAUUAAAAAGCCAGUCAAUCAGAAAUCGACUGAGUUAAAACCUGAGCCGUCUAUCCCACAUCCGGUGGUCAACUCUGGAAAGGACAAGGCUGUGGUCAGAGAGAAUCAUUCAGAGAACCACAACUCACAAGGUACAGUACAUUUUGAUGACAUAGAACCUGCAAGUCAGAAGUUGACCCAUUUAACAUAUGGACGAGCCCAGGGACCCAAGAAACGGCCACCCUCUUCAGUACUGAUCCUUAAUUUGCCAGAUAGAACAGACACAGACAAGCCACAUUCUCGACUGCCAGAUAGAAUAGAUACAGAGAAGCCACAGUCUUGGUUGCCGGAUAGGCCAGACAAGCCACUUCCAGUCCUGCCUCCUAAAGAUUAUAGAUCAGGUCAGCCUCCACAGCAAACAGAAAAUGUGGCUGUUGGCUCUCAUUCUUCUACUGUAACCUCACUCCGAGACAAGGAAUUGCAUUUACAUACUCCACCACCCCGACCACCAGAGCCCGCAAAAGCACCACAUUCUACCCAGACCACAUCUGCCUCUGGCAUACACAUGAAUAAACUGCUGGAGCAGCUGCAGCAGGAGCUAGCAGACGUGAAAGCCAACUCUGUGAGCAAGUCUGCGUUUAUGGAACUGCGGGUACAGCAUGAGAAACUCAAGGUAGAAUUUGAAAGUUUGAAGAAGAUUCACUCUGUCAAAAUCCGUGACCUGGCGAAUGAAGUUGAUGAGGAGAAAAAGCUGAGAUUGACCACACAAGUAGAGAUUGAACGUGUGAAGAAACUUUUAGCAGAGACGCACGUGUAA